UGGGGUUGCGCGCGCCACCUCAGCGUUUUCUAGGAGGCGCCCAGGCGGCAGAUGCUCACCAGCUCAGCUGCUUCCCAGGAAGCCCGGGAGGAAGCCCCAGCGGCUCGGUCUUUGUGCCAGCCCCCCUCAGGCAGUUUCAUGGGCGGAGCUUCGGACUGAUCAGUUUGUCAGGAAACACUUUUAUAUUAUUUCUCAUUCCUAUUUAUUCGUCAAAACCUUUGGGUCCUGAAGGAUAGAAAAACAGAAAAAUGGAGAAAACACAUUUAUUUUGCAAGACAGAAGAAAGCAUUGAUGUAUCAGCUCAAGGCUCUGAUUCUUCCACAACCAAGAUGUCAUCAAGAAGUGUUGAAAGCAAGAAAUAUUGCAAAAUUUCUAAAACAACAGGGAAGAAAAUUUCAUCUGAAAGUAAGGGCUUAAUCCCAGAAUAUAAAAAAAUAUAUGAAACAUCAUUAUUCGUGUAUAGAGAGGAAAAAUCUACUGAGGUUUCAGGAUCAAAACAAUUCAGGAGAAAGAAAAGUGUACAAGUACAGCUUCAUAGUAAAAGAACUGAGACUGUCACUCCCUCUUCGAAGGUGUCAAAGGAGAAGAUAACCAAGAAAGAAAGCACAUCCAAGUUACCAGUUCACAAGCCUUCAGUGUCUCAGCCUCAACGUACAGCUCCAAUUCCUGGGAGAAAAGAGCCACCUUCUAACCUCUCCCUGACAUACUAUGAACAAAUGCCUGAAGAAUUCUUAAAAUACCAAGAACUAAAUGCACUUUCCAGGGGCUGUUUGAUUUUCAGCAAAGUUCGCAACGGUAAGAUUUAUGUGAAUGAUUUGCCAGUGGUCCUUCACACCUUGAAGAUUUCUACAAAUGAUUCGGAAAUGCACCAGGCGCUGAAGACCGUUAACAUUGAUGUUAACGGAAUGCUGGAUUUUACAGAGUUCCUUAAGGUCAUGAAUGACAUUUCUCCCUCGACCUCUCAGGAUCCAGAAUUUCAAAAUGCCUUGAAGAUAUUUUCUAAGGUGAAAAGUGGUCGUGUGGCCACCGGUGAUGUGGGUGCUGUUUUGCAAAGCAUGGAUAUCUUAGUGAACCCUGAGACACUCAAGGAUGUGAUACAGCAUGCUUAUGAGGACAGUUCCCACACCAUGGACAUCGGAGACAUUAUAUUUACGUUGGACGAACUGCAGCAGCAGUAUGAAGACAUCUCCAUUGUGGAUGAAACUACUUCAGGUAAAAGAGCAUCAACUAUCCCAGGACUCCACCCACAAGAGAAGAAAGACGCUUCGCUUUUCAGAAUGCCCGAAUCUAUCACAUCAAAAAAGCAGACUGUGCCUCCCCAACAACAUCCCAGUAAAACCACUGGGAAUCAGGAUGAGCCUGAACUUAGACUAUCCAAACAAUCUUCAGAAACAAGACAACUCUCAAGUGGGCUCAUCAGUGAUUCCCUGGGACUUCAGGAACCACAACUAAAGAUUCAUGAUUCCAAGUCUAAAUCACCUUCCUUGAAGAGUACUCCAAGUAGCAGUAAAUUACUGGAUGAAGGUGAGACUUCUAUCUCAGAAAGCCAGAAGCUGGAUAUGAGAAAGGCAUCCAGCCCUCUACAGCCUACUCCAAGUAUCAGUAAAUUACUGGAAGAAGGUGAGACUUCUAUCUCAGAACGCCAGAAGCUGGAUAUGAGAAAGACAUCCAGCCCUCUACAGCCUACUCCAAGUAUCAGUAAAUUACUGGAAGAAGGUGAGACUUCUAUCUCAGAACGCCAGAAGCUGGAUAUGAGAAAGACAUCCAGCCCUCUACAGCCUACUCCAAGUAGAAGUAAAUUACUGGAAGAAGAUGAGACUUCUAUCUCAGAACGCCAGAAGCUGGAUAUGAGAAAGACGUCCAGCACUGUACAGCCUACUCCAAGUAGAAGUAAAUUACUGGAUGAAGGUGAGACUUCUAUCUCAGCACGCCAGAAGCUGGAUAUGAGAAAGACGUCCAGCACUGUACAGCCUACUCCAAGUAGAAGUAAAUUACUGGAUGAAGGUGAGACUUCUAUCUCAGCACGCCAGAAGCUGGAUAUGAGAAAGACAUCCAGCCCUCUACAGCCUACUCCAAGUAGAAGUAAAUUACUGGAUGAAGGUGAGACUUCUAUCUCAGAACGCCAGAAGCUGGAUAUGAGAAAGACAUCCAGCCCUCUACAGCCUACUCCAAGUAGAAGUAAAUUACUGGAUGAAGGUGAGACUUCUAUCUCAGGACGCCAGAAGCUGGAUAUGAGAAAGACGUCCAGCACUGUACAGCCUACUCCAAGUAGAAGUAAAUUAUUGGAUGAAGGUGAGACUUCUAUCUCAGAACGCCAGAAGCUGGCUAUGAGAAAGACGUCCAGCACUGUACAGCCUACUCCAAGUAGAAGUAAAUUACUGGAAGAAGGUGAGACUUCUAUCUCAGAACUCCAGAAGCUGGAUAUGAGAAAGACGUCCAGCACUGUACAGCCUACUCCAAGUAGAAGUAAAUUAUGGGAUGAAGGUGAGACUUCUAUCUCAGAACGCCAGAAGCUGGAUAUGAGAAAGACGUCCAGCCCUCUACAGCCUACUCCAAGGAGAAGUAAAUUACUGGAAGAAGGUGAGACUUCUAUCUCAGAUCGCCAGAAGCUGGAUAUGAGAAAGACGUCCAGCACUGUACAGCCUACUCCAAGUAGAAGUAAAUUACUGGAAGGAGGUGAGACUUCUAUCUCAGAACGCCAGAAGCUGGAUAUGAGAAAGACGUCCAGCACUGUACAGCCUACUCCAAGGAGAAGUAAAUUACUGGAAGAAGGUGAGACUUCUAUCUCAGAACGCCAGAAGCUGGAUAUGAGAAAGACGUCCAGCACUGUACAGCCUACUCCAAGUAGAAGUAAAUUAUUGGAUGAAGGUGAGACUUCUAUCUCAGAACGCCAGAAGCUGGAUAUGAGAAAGACGUCCAGCCCUCUACAGCCUACUCCAAAUAGAAGUAAAUUACUGGAAGAAGGUGAGACUUCUAUCUCAGAUCGCCAGAAGCUGGAUAUGAGAAAGACGUCCAGCACUGUACAGCCUACUCCAAGUAGAAGUAAAUUACUGGAAGGAGGUGAGACUUCUAUCUCAGAACGCCAGAAGCUGGAUAUGAGAAAGACGUCCAGCACUGUACAGCCUACUCCAAGGAGAAGUAAAUUACUGGAAGAAGGUGAGACUUCUAUCUCAGAACGCCAGAAGCUGGAUAUGAGAAAGACGUCCAGCACUGUACAGCCUACUCGAAGUAGAAGUAAAUUACUGGAUGAAGGUGAGACUUCUAUCUCAGAACGCCAGAAGCUGGAUAUGAGAAAGACGUCCAGCACUGUACAGCCUACUCGAAGUAGAAGUAAAUUACUGGAAGAAGGUGAGACUUCUAUCUCAAAACGCCAGAAGCUGGCUAUGAGAAAGACGUCCAGCACUGUACAGCCUACUCCAAGUAGAAGUAAAUUACUGGAAGAAGGUGAGACUUCUAUCUCAGAACGCCAGAAGCUGGAUAUGAGAAAGACGUCCAGCACUGUACAGCCUACUCCAAGUAGAAGUAAAUUACUGGAAGAAGGUGAGACUUCUAUCUCAGAACGCCAGAAGCUGGAUAUGAGAAAGACAUCCAGCCCUCUACAGCCUACUCCAAGUAUCAGUAAAUUACUGGAAGAAGGUGAGACUUCUAUCUCAGAACAUCAGAAGCUGGAUAUGAGAAAGACAUCCAGCCCUCUACAGCCUACUCCAAGUAGAAGUAAAUUACUGGAUGAAGGUGAGACUUCUAUCUCAGAACAUCAGAAGCUGGAUAUGAGACAGACGUCCAGCACUGUACAGCCUACUCCAAGUAUAAGUAAAUUACUGGAUGAACGUGAGACUUCUAUCUCAGCACGCCAGAAGCUGGAUAUGAGAAAGACAUCCAGCCCUCUACAGCCUACUCCAAGUAGAAGUAAAUUACUGGAAGAAGAUGAGACUUCUAUCUCAGCACGCCAGAAGCUGGAUAUGAGAAAGACAUCCAGCCCUCUACAGCCUACUCCAAGUAGAAGUAAAUUACUGGAAGAAGAUGAGACUUCUAUCUCAGCACGCCAGAAGCUGGAUAUGAGAAAGACAUCCAGCCCUCUACAGCCUACUCCAAGUAGAAGUAAAUUACUGGAAGAAGAUGAGACUUCUAUCUCAGCACGCCAGAAGCUGGAUAUGAGAAAGACAUCCAGCCCUCUACAGCCUACUCCAAGUAGAAGUAAAUUACUGGAAGAAGAUGAGACUUCUAUCUCAGCACGCCAGAAGCUGGAUAUGAGAAAGACAUCCAGCCCUCUACAGCCUACUCCAAGUAGAAGUAAAUUACUGGAAGAAGAUGAGACUUCUAUCUCAGCACGCCAGAAGCUGGAUAUGAGAAAGACAUCCAGCCCUCUACAGCCUACUCCAAGUAGAAGUAAAUUACUGGAAGGAGGUGAGACUUCUAUCUCAGAACAUCAGAAGCUGGCUAUGAGAAAGACGUCCAGCACUGUACAGCCUACUCCAAGUAGAAGUAAAUUACUGGAAGAAGGUGAGACUUCUAUCUCAGAACAUCAGAAGCUGGAUAUGAGAAAGACGUCCAGCCCUCUACAGCCUACUCGAAGUAGAAGUAAAUUACUGGAUGAAGGUGAGACUUCUAUCUCAGAACGCCAGAAGCUGGCUAUGAGAAAGACGUCCAGCACUGUACAGCCUACUCCAAGUAGAAGUAAAUUACUGGAAGAAGGUGAGACUUCUAUCUCAGAACAUCAGAAGCUGGAUAUGAGAAAGACGUCCAGCCCUCUACAGCCUACUCCAAGUAGAAGUAAAUUACUGGAUGAAGGUGAGACUUCUAUCUCAGAACGCCAGAAGCUGGAUAUGAGAAAGACGUCCAGCACUGUACAGCCUACUCCAAGUAGAAGUAAAUUAUUGGAUGAAGGUGAGACUUCUAUCUCAGGACAUCAGAAGCUGGAUAUGAGAAAGACGUCCAGCACUGUACAGCCUACUCCAAGGAGAAGUAAAUUACUGGAAGAAGGUGAGACUUCUAUCUCAGAACGCCAGAAGCUGGAUAUGAGAAAGACGUCCAGCACUGUACAGCCUACUCCAAGUAGAAGUAAAUUAUUGGAUGAAGGUGAGACUUCUAUCUCAGGACAUCAGAAGCUGGAUAUGAGAAAGACGUCCAGCACUGUACAGCCUACUCCAAGAAGAAGUAAAUUACUGGAAGAAGGUGAGACUUCUAUCUCAGAACGCCAGAAGCUGGAUAUGAGAAAGACGUCCAGCACUGUACAGCCUACUCCAAGUAGAAGUAAAUUACUGGAAGAAGGUCAGACUUCUAUCUCAGAACGCCAGAAGCUGGCUAUGAGAAAGACGUCCAGCACUGUACAGCCUACUCCAAGUAGAAGUAAAUUACUGGAAAAAGGUGAGACUUCUAUCUCAGAACGCCAGAAGCUGGCUAUGAGAAAGACGUCCAGCACUGUACAGCCUACUCCAAGUAUCAGUAAAUUAUUGGAUGAAGGUGAGACUUCUAUCUCAGAACGCCAGAAGCUGGAUAUGAGAAAGACGUCCAGCACUGUACAGCCUACUCGAAGUAGAAGUAAAUUACUGGAAGAAGAUGAGACUUCUAUCUCAGAACGCCAGAAGCUGGAUAUGAGAAAGACGUCCAGCACUGUACAGCCUACUCCAAGUAGAAGUAAAUUACUGGAAGAAGAUGAGACUUCUAUCUCAGAACACCAGAAGCUGACUAUGAGAAAAACAUCCAGCAGUCUACAGCCUGUUGCAUAUAAGAAAGAAUCUACAGUCGGCACCUUAGACAAUAUCCAUGAGGCUAUCAGUAAACUCCGAGGGGAGUACAUUUCUCCAGAAGAACUCCAGUUCGCUUUAUCCUCAGUAGGGAUCACUUUAUCAGAUGACGACUUCCACAAGAUUGUGCCGGAACUCACUCAAACUGAAGAGGGAAAGGUGAAUUUGGAUGACUUUAUUAUGGCCAUCUCCAAGGACCACAAUUUUCCUGCCUAUGACGCAUUGAACAGCGCCAUUGAAGGCAUUAAUAAAAUUCAGGACAAAUAUGUUGAUUACAGUGAUCUAGACACCUUUCUUCAAAAUUUCGGACUUUACCUUCCUAAGUCAGAAGUAAAUAAGAUCAAAGAAUUAAUUCAAGCUGACGGAACAAAACAAGUGAAUCUUGAAGAGUUUAUUGAUACCAUGCUGAAAAACACAGAGCCCUUCCCUGAACAUUUAUUAUUGCCCUCUGCUAUUGAAAACCUACAAAAUCUCAGCAAUGACGAGAUGGAAAUUUCUCAACUGUGGAACACACUGUCCAGUUUGAAUAGUAAUUUGAAGAAGGAUGAAUUCUUAGAGGCAGUGAAAUUAGCAAACAUUGACGGUGACAAAGUACAAUUGGAAGAAUUUUCAAAAGCAGUGAAGGACUUGCGUGACUCCUACAGGUUAAAAGAGUUGCAGAAAAUAGUUUCAAUUCUUGAUUCGCUUGAAGGUGAGAAGAUACCUGCGAACAACUUGGAAGAUUUCUUAAGGAGUCUUGGGAUUACAUCAUUUAAAGAUGAAGUGGAAGAAAUCCUUCAGUCAGACAUUGUUUCUGAAGACAACAUGGCGAGUGUUAAAGAGUGUAUAGAAGCUUUGAAAGACACUGCGAAGUUUUCUAACUUCACCGCAUUGAAGGAGGCCAUUGAAAUGCUGGAUUCUAUCAAAGGAAGUACUGAUAAAGAGCAGUACCUGAAGGAGCUGGAAGAUCUAGAGGGUUUAAGAAAAGAAAUGUUGCCUUUAAACCUGAAAUUACCAACAGUAAGCGAUAUCAAAGAAGCUGCUGACAUCUUGUCACAGGUUGAAGAUGGCAAGAUUGCUAUAUCUGACUUGGAGCAUGCCUUGAAAUGUUCGAAUCCUAAUUUAACUGAAGAGGACAUUAAAGAAGCUCUUAAACAUUGUUAUGUCACUGAUGACAUGGAAGUGGACUUAAAAGAUUUCCUCACGGAAUUAAAAAAGACUUCAAGCUUUAAAGACUCCGGAGUCACACAGUUACUGGUAGCCACUCCCCAAGUUCUCAAGGAGGAUCUAAUUGAUGUCCAUGAGUUAAAGAAGAUACUGUCGAAAGAUGACCUUCAUUCAGCUAAAGCCAUAUUGACUGAAAUAUUAAGUCAUGUCCAGGAGGAUGAAGACGGUAAAAUUACCAUUGAAGAAUUUGUGAAUGAGUUCGCGAAUCUCUUGAAAGCUCUGAAAUCUAAACGAGUAAAGGAGAUGCUAAACACCAAAUUUGACUUAAAUAAUAUUAAUGCCGCUUCUGAAAUUAAGCAGAAUUUAAAUGCUCUGGGAAUCCAUCCAACAGAGAGCGAUAUUCAGAGGGCAAUGGAGAACCUUGCUUCUUCUGGUGAUGUGGUAAUGCUUAAGGAUAUCAUCAGAGAACUGGCCAACAAUGACAUAUUUAGUGAGUGCCAAAGAAUAGAGGACAUACAUAACCUCAUUGAUAGAAUCAGUGAGGACAAAGUGGACGUUAAAGACCUGUUGUCUGUCUUGAAGAAGCUCCAGAAACCUUUAGAGGAGGAAGAAGGCCAGCCUGGCGUAUCUCCGACCUCCGAGAUGAGUGACAAAGAUAGGAUCUUAAGAGACACAAUUGAUUACUUCACUGGAGCAUCUACAGAGGCAACACCGUUCAACAAUUUAUUGAAAGGGGUCAAAGCUUUUGAUAAUAUCAGAAAUAAUAAGAUGCCUGCAGAUGAACUUGUCUCCAGUAUUAUGAGUACCGGAAUACCAAUAAGCCGCAGCACAAUGCAGGAGAUCCUGAGACAAGCCUCUGUCAACGAAAAUGAUGAAGUGAGUCUCAAACAAGUUUUGGAGAAUUUAGCCACACAGAAACCAGAUCCUAUACUGGAAGACAUAGAAAAUGCCCUUAAUGCUGUCAAGUUGAUGACCUCUGACAAAGUUAAAGCCACCAACUUAACAGAUUCCCUUCAAGACCUCAAUAUUCAUUUAAAACCAGAAGAUCAGCAGCUGUUAGAGGAAAUCCUCGAUGUUGAUGAAAAUGGAGACGUUUCCCAGAGGGCUGCUCUUUUAGCACUGAAGAGCAAUAAGCGUUUGAAGGAUUUUAGAGAGGCUAAUGAAAUUGCAAAGGCUCUAGACAAAGUCACCAGUGAAAAAAUCGGAAUUGAUGAUUUGAAACAUAUUUCCAAAGGCCUGGGACUUGAUGUUCCAGAUAAGGAAUUACAGGAUUUGGAUGCAAAGGUUUCUAGAGACGAGGAGGGAAACGUGGAUUUGAAAGAUUGGCUGAUGAAGUUGAAAGAAACACGGUUCAGAAAAAGUUCAAGAAUACAAGCUGCCUUGAAAGCUCUGGCUUCCAUUAGGAAAAACAAGAUCAAUUCUGGUGAUCUAGUCUCCAUUUUGAAAAAUAUUGGGGUUGCAUUACCCAAACGUAUAAUUGAGGCAGCGCUAAAGAACAUGUCCCUCAGUGAGGAUGGGAAACUGGACAUAGAAGAGUUUCUGAACCAUUUGAUCAAGGCGCAGCUCGCAUCUAUCCCGGAAAAAGAAAUGAUCGAUGCCAGCAGUGUGGAUGACGUUUUGAAAAACAUGGACAUAACACUCACAGACGAGGAGAAGGAGGUUCUCUUUGAACACCUGCCAGCUCCUGACGAUGAAGGCAUAGAUAUGGAAAUGUUGAUCGGGGUUGUGAAGAUGCUCAAAGAAAAAGUCGAUAUCACUAAUCUGUCCAGCUUUCUGGGCGAUAUGGGUGUUGAGCUUUCAGAAGAAGAGCAGCGUGAGCUACUCAGUAGUCUUCCAAUCAGUGCUGAAGGGAAGAUAAGUCAGCUUCAGCUGGUAGAUUUGAUCAAGAAUCUACAAGGUGGGAAGGUCGACGUUGAGAAGUUAGACAGCGCCCUGGAGAAGAUGGGAAUGGAACUCACAAGCAAAGAAUUUCAGCAUCUGCAAGAACACCUACCAGUUGACACUGAUGGGAAGGUAGCUCUAAAUAUACUUCUGGGUGAAGUCAAACGUCUUAAAAAAAAGGUUCAACUUAGCACACCACUGAUGGAAGUUCCACAUAUUUCAGGAAAGACGAUGGACAUUCAGGACUUGGACACCAUGCUCGAGAAGAUGGACAUCAAUCUCACCAAAGGAGAAGUUGAAGAGCUGAAAAGUUACUUCUCAGCUGAUGCUAAGGGGGAGAUUGAUCUGGACUCACUGGUGAAUGUGCUACAAGCUACUACAGGUGGAGAAAUUGAUGUCAGUGACAUGGAAAAUGUCAUAAAAGAUGUGGAGAGAGAGAGAACAUCUAGAGAACAGCUGGAGUGGGAGAAGUCCUUUCCGUCUCAUGUGAUGCAUGUUGAUGUCCGUGACCUUGACAAUCUACUUGGAAACAUGGCAUUCAAACUGGUUCCCGAGGAACUUACUGAGUCAGCCUCAAAGUUAGCCGUUCAUAGAAGAGAUGUCGACAAGAAAAGCAUUUCUAAACACGAGGAAUUAGAACCUGAAGUUCAGGAACCCUCGGAAUUGAUGGAUAUCCUGCCAACUGAAGAAAGAAAAAUUGAUGUAACCAGUUUGGAGGACACUCUGGGGAAGAUGCAGAUUCACCUCUCAGAAAAAGCACUAGAGAAGCUGGCAGAAGGCCUGCCCGAAGGAGAAAAGAUCGACCUCGUUGAUAUAAAAAGUAUCCUGCACUUAAGGGACAUCUCCAGAGGAAGUGUAGAGCUCAAAAAUAUUUCUCUUGAUGACAUUCGAGAAUUCUACCAAAAGAAAUUGGCUGAGAGCGUAGAAGACUCUGAAGGAAAGGGUAUUGAUGUUCAAGAACUGGAGUCUGUUUUGCAAACCAUCAAUGUGAAACUUUCAGAAAGUCAAAUGACUGACCUUAAGCAAAACUUGCAGGUUGAUGAUAGAGGAAGGACUUCAUUCCAAAGUGUGUUGGAUUCCAUCACAGGAAUUUUAGCGAAAGAUUUAGGAGUUGAAGACAGGACAAAUGUUCCUGAAGAAGUGGAGGAAGACCUGGAUGAAGAUAAGCUAGAGCGCUUGAGAAGUGAGCUGCCCGACGAAUGGAUUCCUGAUCCCCAAAAUCUGGGUAUUCUUUUACAAAGAGUAGGAAUCAACCUUGAAGAACAGGAGAUCAGUGAUCUGCUGCAAAGUCUCCCAGUUGGUGUUCAUGGGGAAGUGGAAACGGAAACGUUUAUGGAUAAGAUAGCAUCUUUUACAGGAAAAAAGAUUCAUAGGAAUGACAUGAAGGAAGUUCUGGAAGACGUGGGGAUAGAGAUCACGGACGAGGGGCUCAGAAAACUGCAGGAUAUGCUUCCCUUUGAUGCUUCGGACCAUGUAUUUCAAAACAGAAUGUUGGAUGCUGUGCUAUCCACGAACGAAGGAGAAGUUAAGCUUGGUAAUGUGGACUCUGUCCUGGAGAACAUGGGAGUGAAGCUUACACCAAAGGAGCAAAAAAGCAUAAUGAGGACUCUGCUAGUUGAAGAGGAGAGCGUUGACGGAAAAAUCCCACUCAGUCAACUGAUGCGUGCGGUGACAAAAGUUACGGGAGGACAAGUUAACAUCAAAGAUAUAAAAAGUACUCUGGAAAAAAUGGGAAUAGAGCUCACAGAAAAUGAAUGUUCCCAACUGGAGAGCGUGCUUCCAAUUAAUGCCAAGGGGAAGGUGUACAAGAAGAGGUUGCUGGAGACGGUGGUGGCCUCCAAAAGCGGGGUUGUGGAUGUUGCUAACAUAGACACAGUUUUGCAAAACAUGGAAAUGAAAUUCACAGACACAGAGAUGGAAGAAUUGCUGGAGAAAUUGCCUGUUGAUGAUAGUCAGAAGGUUGAAUUGAGAAACUUAAUAGAGACCAUAGAAGGUUAUACUGGAAGACACAUUGAUGUCAAUGAUCUACUAAUGGUUCUGAGAGACAUGGGGAUCGAACUUUCUAAAAAAGAAGAAGAGGUGCUAUUGAAUGCCCUCCCCAUCCAUGAAUCUGGAACAGUGUUUGAGAAGAGAGUGUUGGAACAAGUGAAGGCUAUGAAAGGAGGAAUGGUUAGAGUCAAUAACCUAGAUACUGUUCUGGAAAGUCUGGGCAUCGAGCUCACAGAUAAAGAACAUGAGAGUCUGACAGAAAAUCUACCACUCACUGCUGAUGGAAAGAUUCAUCUUGGACAAGUGCUAGAAACAGUAGAAGCUAUUACAGGGGGAGACAUUGAUAUCAGUGAUAUGGGAAAUGUUCUGAAUGAAAUGGGGAUAGCUCUCACAAAAUUGGAACACAAAGAGCUGCUAGAAAGUCUACCCAUCACUACUAAAGCAAAAGUCCACAAGAACAGAAUAAUGGAUGGUUUGAAGUCUAUUAAUCGUGGGACUGUUAAUAUCAAUAAACUCGACAAGGUUUUGAAAAACAUGGGGUCAAAACUCACAAAUGAAGAAAUCAAGGAUCUGAAGCACAGCCUGACCCCUGACGUUCACGGAAGAGUUGCAAUGAAGGAAUUGUUUAAGGGAUUAAACGCAUUCACCGGACCUAAGGUUGACAUGCGGGUUCUUCCGGACAUAAUGGAAAAAAUGGGCCUUGAGCUGACAGACAAAGAGCAGAUGAAUCUGAUAAGCAAACUGCCUGUUGAUGAAUCUGGGAAGAUCUAUAAGAAAAGAUUAUUAAAUGGGAUAAAGUCAUUCAAAGGAGGAAAAGUUAAACAAAAUAAAAUAAACGAUACCUUAGAAAACGUGGGAAUCAAACUUACUGAGAAGGAGCUUGAUCUUCUAAAAGCAAACCUACCAGAUAAGGGUGAAGGGAAAGUUAAUUUCCAUGACUUAAUGAAGAAAGUAAAGACUCUCAUAGGAGAUGAAGAAAACAUCAAAGACAUGAAAGAUAUUCUAGACAGCCUGGGAGUGGAGCUCACGGAGGAGGAAGUCAUAGAGCUGAUGAAUAACCUCCCUGUUGACACGGAUGGAAAUUUCUACCAUAAUAGAUUGAUGGGCACUGUGAAGUCUCUUAAAAGAGGGAAAGUUUCUGCCAACAAACUGGACACGGUGGUGAAGAGCAUGGGGGCGAAACUUACAGACAUGGAAUAUAAAGACAUGGCCAAGAGCUUGCCAGUGAGCGAUGCUGGAGAAAUUGAAAUGAAAAACUUGGUUGAUGUAAUGGAAGCUUAUACAGGUAAUAAAAUUGAUAUCAAUGAUCUCAAAUACAUUCUGGGAAGCAUGGGCAUUGAGCUCACAGAGAAGGCGAUCUCGGAUCUGGCGCAGGUCCUGCCUGUGGACGAUGAUGAAAUGGUAUUCCAGAAUAGAUUGUUGAAUGAAAUAAAGACUCUCAAAGAAGGGAAAGUUGAUGUCAGUAACAUGGACACCGUCUUGGACAAUAUGGAGAUUAGACUCACAGACGACGAGCUUAAAGACCUAAUAGAAACCCUGCCAGUUGAUGCUAACGGCAAAGCUGAACUUACUGAGAUGAUGGACGCAGUGAAAACUCUCACAGGGGAAGAGACUGACACCAAAGAUGUUCAAAAUGUUCUGGAAGAAAUGGGAAUCAACCUCACGGAAAAAGAAUUGUUGAAGUUGCUAAAAAAAUUGCCAGUUAAUGAAGACGGAAAGGUCUAUAAAAAUAGGUUGAUGGACAGCCUGAAGUCUCUUAAAGGAGGGACUAUUAGUGCCACAAAAGUAGAUUCUCUUCUGGGAAGCAUGGGUGUGAAACUCGAAGAAAAGGAAUUUAAAGACCUGAUUGAGAAUCUGCAGAUGGAUGCUGAUGGGAAUGUUGCUCUUAAAACGAUAAUGGAUGGAGUAAAAACCUUUUCUGGAAACAAGAUUGAUGCAAACGAUCUUCAGAAUUAUCUCAGAGGCCUGGGGAUCGAGCUAACAGAGGCAGAAUGUUCAGAGCUCAAGGAAACCCUGCCUACUGAUGCUGCCGGAAAGGUCUAUCAGAAUAAAGUGCUGGAUUCUAUAAAGUCACAUGAAGGAGGGAUGGUUAAUGUCAAUGACCUGGACAAAGUUCUUAGCAACAUGGGACUUGAGCUCACAGAAAAAGAACAGAAAAUUCUAAGAGAUAGCCUCAUAGUUAAAGCUGAUGGGAAGAUUAGUCUCAGUAAGCUUCUAGACACAGUAAAAGCCGCUAGAGGAGAGGUUAUUGACAUGGACGAUUUAGCAGAUGUUGUGGAAGACAUGGGGAUAGAACUUACAGACAAGGAAUUCCUAAGGCUGGUGGAAAAUUUACAAGCUGAUGCUAAUAGGAAGACUUAUCAGAAGAGAUUGAUGAAGGGUUUAAUGACCCUUAAAGAAGGGAAAAUCAAGCCUGAUAAAGUGGACAUGUUUCUGAAGAACACAGAGAUGGACCUCUCAGAUUCAGAACUUAAGGAUCUGAAACAAAACCUGCCUGUUUCUGCUACUGGGAAAAUCGAUAUAAGAGCUAUGAUAAAAGAAGCAAAUGCUUUCAGAGGGGGGAAGGUUGCUGUGAGUAAUGUGAGAAAUCUGCUAAGGAAGUUGGGGGUCGAGUUUACCGGUCCGGAGUACAUAAACCUGCUGAGAAUGCUGCCCGUGGACGAAAACGGGAUGGUGUAUUGGAAAAGAGUCCUGAAAGCUGUGAAGUCUCUCAAAGAAGGAAAAGUUGAUGUCAAAAGACUGGCCGCUUUCCUGGAAAGCAUGGGUAUCAAACUUACUGAACGGGAAGUGGAGCAGCUGGCAGAGAGUCUGCCGGUUGACGCUAAUGGAAAAGUUGAUCUAGCCAAGGUAUUGGAUGAAGCAAGAACCUUUACAGGAGAAAAAAUUGGUAUUGAUGAGGUAAAGAGUUUUCUGGAAAAUAUGGGGAUAGAGUUCAAAGAUGAAGACUUCACCAAACUGAUGGAGAAGCUGCCAUUUGAUGAAGACGGAAAGGUCUACCGAAACAGGUUGCUAGCAAGCUUGAAGACUUUGAAAGGUGGGAUGGUCAGUACCGGCAACCUGAAAUCUGUCAUGGAUAAAUUAGGAAUCAAACUCAAGGAUAACGAAUUUAAGGAUCUGAUGCAAAAUCUCCCUGUUGAUGCUAACAAGAUUUCUCUAGAGACAUUGAUGAAAAAAUUGAAGGCUUUUACAGGAGACAAGAUCAAUUCCGUUGACAUGAGAAACAUCUUAAAGAACCUGGGGAUCGAACUCACAGAGAAGGAACAAGAAAGGCUACUGAGAACACUGCCUGCUGAUGAUGUUGGGAAGACAUAUUACAACAAGUUGAUAGAAAGUGUGAAGUCCUUCAAUGAGGGAAAGAUUGACGUAAGUAACCUGAACAAUAUCCUGAAAAGUCUGGGAAUCAAACUCCGAGAAGAGGAGUUUGCAAAGGUGUCCAAAGACCUACCUGUGGACUCUAGUGGGAAGGCUGAGAUGAAGAAGGUGAUGGAUAUAAUUAAAACUACUACAGGAGGAGAGGUGGAUAGAAAACAUGUGCGACGUGUUCUAUCAAAACUGGGAAUAGAGCUUACAGACAGCGAAUUCUUUAAACUGAUGGAAACUUUGUCUUUUGACAAUGAUGACAAGAUCUUCAAGAACAGGUUAAUAGAAUCUGUGACGUCUCUCCAAGGUGGUAAAGUCGACAGCAACAACCUGGACACAGUUCUGGAUAACAUGGGAAUCAAACUUUCAAAUACGGAACUUCAAGAUCUGAAGCAAAGCAUGAACGUUGGAGUUGACAAUAAAAUUUCACUGCAGACACUGAUGCAAAAAAUGAAAGAUUUUACAGGGGAGAAGAUCGAACCCAGUGAUGUACCGAGUAUCCUGGAGAAACUUCACAUAGAGCUCACAGAGGAGGAGCUAGAGGAGCUGAUGAAAAGGUUACCCGUAGACGAGACUGGAAAGUUAUAUAGUAACAGGUUGCUGAAGAAUCUGAAAGACCUCAAAAUGGGGAAGAUCAAAAAGGCUAACCUCCAUAGUUCUUUGGAAAAUAUGGGGUUGAAACUCUCAAUGGAGGAAUUUGCUGAAGUGGCAGACAACCUAGAAACGGAUGCAAAGGGGAAUGCUGAUCUGCAGAAAGUGAUGGAAAAGGUGAAAGCCAUUUCAGAGAAUGUCAAUGUUAAAAAUCUGGAAAAUGUUCUAAGCAACAUGGGAGUCAAGCUGACCAAGAAAGAACUGGAAGAUCUGUUAAAAAGUCUGCCCAUCAGUGCUGACAAUAAAGUGCCUCUGAAAACGCUGCGAGAAGAACUAAAAGCUUUCGUUGGAAAAAAAAUUGACCCUGACAACCUAAAGAGUGUACUUAAAAAUAUGGGGAUUGAGCUUUCGGAUAACGAAUUGAAGAAGAUCCUGAAAACGUUGCCCACUGAUGAUGACGGAAAGGUGUUUCAAAACAGAGUGCUGAAAAACGUGAAGGAUAAUAAACAAGGGAAAGUUGAUGUGGAUAAUCUGGAAGCUGUUUUAGAAGCCCUGAACAUCAAGCUCACAGAAGAGGAGAUUGACAUGAUAAAGGAUUCUCUGAAAAGUGGCAAAAGCAAAAUUGACCUGAGAAAACUGAUGGAUAAAAUAGAAUCUAUUUCAGGGAGCGAAGUCGAUGUCGACAAUGUGGAUAAGGUUCUUGGAGACAUGGGAAUAGAGCUUUCUGACUCAGAGAUCUCUAAACUAGUGAGCAGCGUGCCCGUUGAUGAUGGAAAGGUCUAUCUGGGAAGGUUGCUGGACAGCAUAAGACUUCUUAAAGGGAAGGUCGAUCCCAGUAAAGUGGACACACUUCUGGGAAACCUGGGGCUAAAUCUCACUCAAAAGGAGUUUGACGAUCUCAAAAGAAACCUGAAACUUGAUGAAAACCAGAAAGCGGAUAUCAAAAGGGUAAUAAACGAAGCCAAACUCUUCACAGGCCAGAAAGUUGAUGCCAGCAAACUUCAAGACAUUCUGAGAAGCUAUGGCAUUAAACUCAAUCCUAACGAAAUAGAAAACUUGAAAAAGAUGUUGCCAGUGGAUGAUGAUGGAAAAGUUUCUCAGAAAAGGUUGUUGAAGGGUGUGACGACUCUGGAUGAAGCCACUGUUGAUGUCAAUAACCUGGAUAAGUUUUUAGAAAGCAUGGGGAUUGAGAUCACUGAGAAAGAAUUCACAGAUCUAACAAACAUGCUGCCAGAGACUGCUGAUGGGAAAGUGGAAAUAAAUGAUGUAAUGGAAAAACUAAAUACUGUUUUAGGAGGGUCAGUGGAUAUUAAUGAUGUAGAAAACAUUCUGCAAGACAUGAAAGUUGAAUACACAGAUAAAGACUAUUUGAAUCUGAUAAAACAUCUUUCACGUAAUGCUUCCGGAAAAGUGUUUAGAAAAAGGCUAUUGGAUGGUAUAAAGAGUCUUAAAAGAGGAAAAAUUGAUGUGAAUAACUUGAGCCCAUUUCUGGAAAACAUGGGGAUUGAACUCUCACAGAAUGAGUUUGAAGACUUUGUAGAAAGUCUACCAGUUGAUGAAAAUGGAAAGGUUGAUCUAAAAAGCGUUGUGUCAAAAAUGAAAGACUUCGUAGGAGAAAAGAUUGGUGUCGGUGGCCUGAGAAACACUGUGGAACAGAUGGGAGUUGAAGUGAAUGAUAAAGAGUAUGUGGACCUGCUGGGAAAGCUGCCAUUCGAUGAAAAUAAUAAUGUUUUUCGGAAUAGACUCCUGUCAACUCUCAGGUCUUACAAAGGUGGAAGAGUUAAUCCCAAUAAGCUGAAGACGCUCCUCAUGAACUUGGAUCUGAAACUCAAAAACAGAGAAAUGAAGAAGGUGAUGCAGAAGCAAACUGCGGGUGCUAGCCGAAGUAUCCCUUUGAAAAAAGUACUGACAGAUGUGAACUCAGUUCUAGGAGAAAAAGUUAAUAUCAAAGAUGUGAAAACUUUUGUGGAAGAUACUGGGAUAACAUUGACACCCAAAGAACAGGUGGAACUGAUUAAAAAUCUACCAGUUGAUGAUGAAGGAAACAUACAUGAGAGAAGAUUGAUAGAUGAGCUGAAAUCUUUCGGAGGUGGGACAGUUAAUGUCAAUAACAUGGAAAAUGUUCUCGAAAAUUUGAAGAUCAAGCUGUCAGAUGAGAAAGUAAAAGAACUGUCAGAAAACCUUCCAGCUGACUCUUCUGGGAUGACCAAUUUUCAGACAAUGCUGAAAGAAAUAAGAAAAUUGACUGGAGGAAAGAUUGAUGCUAAAGUCACACAAAAAGUGCUCGGAAGCAUGGGCAUAGAGCUUACAGAUAAAGACGUCAGUGACCUGCUGAAAAGGUUGCCUGUUGCUGAAGAUGGGAAAAUACUUAAAAGCGUAUUACUUGAUCAUGUAAAGUGGCAUUCUGGGUCGAAGUGUCAUGUCUCCAAACUGGGCAACAUUCUAGAAGACUUGGGCUUCGAUCUGGAGGAUGAAGAAAUUGAAGACCUGACAAACCGUCUGCCAGUUGAAGAUGAAAUGGUCAAGAUGAGUGAAAUGAUGGAGAAUGUGGAGUUGCUCACAGGAAAAAAAGUGAAUGCUGAUCAAAUAGGUGAUGUUUUGGAAGACAUAGGGAUAGCUCUCACACUUAAGGAACUCUGGGACCUGAAGAAGACUCUACCAAUUACCUCGGAUAAUAAAGUGUACCAGAACCGAUUGUUGGAUAGUUUAAAAACUUUUCACAGAGGAAAAGGUUAUACAAAUAAACUAGACAGCAUCAUGGAUCACCUGAACUACAAUGUUGAGGAAAAAGACAUGAAGGAACUACGGAACUACUUGAAAGUCGACGAUACUGGGAAGUUUUCACUGAGCUCCUUGUCAAAUGCAGCCAAUUUGUUUUCUGGUCCUCAAUUAAAACUCAAGGAAAUAAAACCAUAUCUGGAAACCGUAGGCAUUGAAUUAACAGAUAGUGAGAGCCAAAUGAUACAGAACCAAGUUCCAGCAAACGAUGACAACAUGGUGUUUCAAAAUGUGUUGGCAGACUCGAUACGGACUUUCAGGAGUGGAAAAGUCAGUCUUGAUGAUACGUAUGAUACUCUUGAAUUCCUGGGAUAUCCUCUCGAGGAAGAGGAAAUCGAUAAAAUAACUAAAACUCUGCCUACCUACAGUGACAGGAAAAUCAAACUGGAUUUGCUUCUGAAAGAAAUAGAUUCAUAUUUAGGGGAAGAAAUUGACUAUGGUGACUUGAGCAAUAUUCUUAAAGACAUUGGGUUAAGACUCCACCUAAAAGAAAACAAUGUAUUAAUGAAAUGUUUGCCACUUGAUGCUUCUGGGAAGGUGUUCAAGCACAAGUUGAUGGAAAGCAUCAAAAGUCUCAAAGGACUUCAGAUUGAUCUGCAAAAAAUAAAGGCUCUCAUGGAAAACAUGGGUUACGACCUCGAGGAGGAUGAAUAUGACGACUUCUUGAGUUACCUGCCCAUGUACAAGAGUAGGAUGGUUGGCUUGAGAGACGUAAUGGCAAGGGGGAACCUUUAUACGGGUGAGAAGAUUGAUAUCGGCGACCUACCAGAAUUCCUGGACAACAUAGGGAUAAAACUCACAGAAGACAAGACAAUGAAACUCCUGGGUAAACUGCCGACUGAUGGCUUUGGAAAGCUGUACAGGAAAAGGUUGAUAAAAGAACUGGAGUCAAUUGAAGAUUUAAAGAUACCUUCAAAUAAGGUGGAAACCUUCAUUAAAAGUGCAUCCAUUAAGCUGAACAAUAAGGAAAUACAGGAACUGAUGGAACAUCUACCAAUUGAUCGUAAUGGGGAGGUUGAUUUCCGUGUGCUGAUGAAUGAAGUUAGAAACGCUUUAGGAGACACGAUUCAUGCGGGAGAUGUAAAACACAUUCUGAAAGACAUGGGAAUAAAAAUGACAAACAAAGAGAACAAAAAAUUCCUCAAAAGACUACCUAUCUCUGAUGACAAAACAGUGCUCAAGAAAGAACUACUCUCCAGUGUGAAGAACUUCAAAGGAGGGAAAGUAAAUGCCCGUGAUGUGAAAAACGUUCUUCAAAACACUGGUUUCAAACUGGAAUCAAAAGAACUAAAGGACCUGCGGGAUCACCUGCCAGUGACUGACCGUAAAAAGGUUAGCUUGGAUGUGUUGAUGGACGCAGCUAAGUCUUUCACAGGAGAAAAAGUUGACAUCAAAGACAUAAAAAACGUUCUGGAAAACAUGGGAAUCCCACUCGCAGAGAAAGAAGAAUGGAAGCUCUUGAAGACUCUGCCCAUCUCCAAAGAUGGAAAAAUCUUUAAGAGGAGAUUACUGGACAGUGUUGCACAGAUCAAAGGGAAAAAAGUUCAAGCCUCUAAUAUACCACUGAUUUUGAAGAAUGUAGGAUUUGAACUUGAGGAGGACGACCAUAAGGACCUGAUACAGCAUCUACCCAUCGAUGAGAAUAAAAUGGUUGAAUUAAGUGUGUUAAUGGAUAAAUCAAAAACUUUUACUGGGGAUAAGGUUCAUAUUGAUGAUCUGAAAAACGAGCUAAGGAAAAUGGGCCUGGUAUUCCCAGACAAUGUGUUCAAGGAGCUGCAGAAAGCUCUGUCCAUUUACACUGGUGGGAAGAUAUAUAAAAAAAGAUUGCUAGAACACGUGAAGGAUCUCAAAGGGCCACGGGUCAAGGUAAAAAAAGUGGAAUCUUUCUUGGAUCACAUGGGAAUUAGGAUCAAAGGUGAAGAACUUGAAGAACUAAUAACCCAACUUCCACCUGAGGGUAACAAAACAAUGGAUAUGAACGAACUGUUGGAUGUCGUCAGUUAUAUCAAGGGAGAAACAAUUGACAUGCAGCACUUGUCCAAGUUUCUAACGACUAAGGGGAUCAAGCUCACAGAAGAAGAGUUGAAAGACCUGAUGCCUUACCUGGAGUUGGACGGAAACGGGAAGGUUAUUGUGCACUCAGUAAUGGAGGGCCUGAAGAAGCUUAAACCCAAAGAAAUGGCAAACCUACACAAGCUGACAACAAGUUCCCGCAUCAAAAAAGACAGAGUUUCUGACCACAUGGCAAUCUCGGGAUUUAAAGGCACGCUGAAGCUGAAACCCUUAAAAACACCUGUCUUUUACAAGAGAGAUAAAGAUUUUCGAGGGUAUUUCUCAGGCCAUUUACAACACAAAGAAACAAAGCUGAGCCCGGCACAACUGGAAGCCUUCCGUAACGCUUACAACUUCUUCACCAAGGACAGAACCGGCUGUAUUGAUUCACACGGAUUGAUGAGCACUGUAGCAAAACUGGGAAUGAAUCUAAACGCAUACGAUAUCUACAAUGAAUUAAAAUGUGCCGAUCGUGACAGGGAUGGUAAGAUCAACUUCUCAGAUUUUAUAGAUGUGCUGACAGAUAAGAAACUCUUCCUCAAAGCUGUGGUUCCAGAAAAGAGAAUAUGCUUAGAUUUAGCUAACAAUCCAGGGAUCUUAUUGUUUGAAAUCCUAUCAAAGUUUGUAGAGAUUUCAGCCCUGCACAGAAAGGAUAUAAUAGAGUUAGUAAGCUAUUUCCGGAAAAAGUUCCAGGAAAGCAACUCAGAAAUACUGUGGAGUCCGUACGGGAGAAGGGCCUUUAAGACAGACAUAUGCUCUCCUCCUCGCUCAAGCACUGCUGCCUUUGCCAACUCUGCCAGGAUCUCAAUAAUGAAAGAACGGGAUUUGUAUAAGUUUCUUGAAGCGCUCAAACGGUGUAACCUCCGUACAGAUAGCCCAUACUCAAAAAUACCUGUGUUUCCAUUGUUUCCUGACGUGGAUGGGGUGGUGUUGGGAAAGCCAUUCAAAGACACACAGAAACUAGAAAUGCUAAGGAAAAGGGAGCCUCUGUCUUUUUUUGAGGACUAUUUUUUCAAUAAAAGAGAUUGGAAAACACAGGCCAUGAACGUGAAACCUCUCAAGUCUGCCUCAGGUUAUUCAGAUGACAUCUUAGCCAUUGACCAGCUAUUCAAGAAGAAGCAACAUUGGACUGUGUCUGAUGCAGUCGCUCUCAAACAGCAUGUAAAGAGAGCCACAGAUACUUAUCACUUAGGAAUUGCCCUUGACCACCGGAAAGAAAUGCUGAACCUCUGGAAGAAGAUCCGAGGGGAUCUGGUUGGGCUGGAAAGCAACAAUGAGUCCUUUUACAAUACCUUCUCUACCUACACCUGGUCGUGGAACGUGUGCCAGGAGCUGCUCUCCGCUAAGGACUUGCGGUUGCACGACGCUAACGUGAACAAAACCUCCCCCUCCAACUCGGGGUUAUCUUCCCCAUCUGACCUCAGUGAGUCUGACCCGGAGACGGGAAGGAAAAGGAAACGGAAAAGUUCCAGAGGCUUUCGGCAAUGAAAAGCCUACAUUUUUCUAAACAACUCUCCGAAAACUGCUUUCCAGUGUAAUCAAAAUUAUGGCUUCUUGCUUUUAUUUACUACAUUCUUAGCAGGUGGAAAUAUUGACAUCUUUUGGAUACGACCAGUAAAAAAAAAACCUUUAAAUCA